ACCCUCCCAUAAUUUAUCUUUUUUCAUUUGACUUCUUUUUUAUUUGAUAUCCAACCUCUUCAUAUUCUAUUUCUCUGUUUGGUGUUAUUUCCUUUGUUUUCUCAGCCAAAACUGAGAAACCCCACAUUGUUUCUCCAAGAAAAUUAAACAUCUCUAUCAUUUCUCAUAGCAAUCUCCUUAAAAAAUGGGUGCUUCUCAAAACUUGUUUUCCAUUCUGGUCUCAGUCUUUUUCACUGUUGCUGCAGCUUGCUCCAAUGGACAGUGCCGGCUACUGGAUACAUGUUCCUCAGAUGGAGAUUGUGAGGCGGGACUCUACUGCUUCUCUUGUCCGCUUGGAUUUUCGGGUUCAAGAUGUGUGAGAUCAAGCGUUACAAACCCGUUCAAGCUCAUGAAUAAUUCUCUACCUCUCAAUAAGUAUGCAUUCUUAACUACCCACAAUGCUUUUGCCAUUGAUGGAGAGCCAUCUCACACAGGAGUUCCUCGACUCACUGUGACAAAUCAAGAAGAUACUGUCACUCAACAGCUAAAUAAUGGAGUUCGAGCCCUUAUGUUGGACACAUAUGAUUUUAAUGGAGACGUUUGGUUGUGUCACUCAUUUGGAGGAAAAUGCCAUGACUAUACUGCAUUUGAACCAGCAGUAGACACAUUAAAGGAGAUUGAAGCAUUCAUGUCAGCCAACCCUGGAGAAAUAGUCACAUUGAUCCUGGAAGAUUAUGUUCAAGCCCCAAAAGGACUAACAAAUGUCUUCACUGCUGCUGGGUUGAUGAAAUACUGGUUUCCAGUAUCGAAAAUGCCCAAAAAUGGUGAAGAUUGGCCUCUAGUUAGUGACAUGGUUGCCAACAACCAGACACUACUAGUAUUCACCUCAGAUAAAUCUAAAGAACAAAGCGAAGGCAUCGCUUACCAGUGGAGCUACAUGGUUGAAAACCAGUAUGGAAAUGGUGGAAUGAAAGAUGGGAGUUGUCCAAACAGGGCAGAAUCAUCUCCACUUAAUGACAAGACCAAAUCUUUGGUGUUGGUAAAUUACUUCAUGACUGUUCCCGUGAAGCAAACGACUUGUGUUACAAACUCAGGGAACCUUAUUAACAUGCUUCACACUUGUUAUGGUGCGGCUGGAAGCCGGUGGGCUAAUUUUGUUGCUGUUGAUUACUAUAAGAGAAGUGAAGGAGGAGGAUCAUUUCAGGCUACUGAUACUCUAAAUGGGAAACUGUUGUGCGGUUGUGAUGAUAUCCACGCAUGCGUGCCGGGAUCAACUUCAAAAGCGUGCACUCCAUCAUAAUCAGCAUAACUGGAAGAUUUUCAGAUUAUAGAUGUUGUAGACUUCCAAAUAACUUUGAAAGAGAAACUAGCAUCCUUUACAAUAAGGUUUUUACUAAUAUUUUGAUGAAGAUCAAGUGCAGAAAGAAUGUAAAUAAUAUAAUGAUUUGAAUAAAUAUACAAAGUAUUUAGAA